CUUUGCAGGGCCGACGGGCCGGCAGCCAGAGGAGGAGGCUGGCACCUGGGGCGCGGCCGGCCCCUCUCGCUCGCUGCCCGCCCGCCCCCUCCCUUCCUCCCCGCACUUGCUCGGCAAAGACUCGGCCCCAGCCCCCUCCCUCCUCCCGCUCGUUCCACGCUCGCUCGCUCGCUCGCCGGCUCCUCCUCACUCGCCGCCCGCGCCCGGCGCAGCACGGCCAGAGCGUUCGCCGGGCUGAGCGCACGUCCGCCCAGGGAGCUCCAGCGGCUGCCCCGGCCCACGGCCCCCUCCCUGGCUCCCACCUUCCCUUCCUCGCUUGCUACCUCCCUCCAUCCCCGGCUCCCGUGCCGUCCGCCCGCCCCGCAGCCCGCGGCUCCGCGCCCCCCGCAGCCGCGAUGCCCGCGGCCCGGCCGCCCGCCGCGGGACUCGGCGGGAUCGCGCUGUUCCUCGCUCUGCUCCUGGGAAGCCCCGCGGCAGCUCCAGCAGGAGAUGUGCCCCUGGAAGGAGAUGCUGGUCCUUCAGGUACCUACCUUCUACCCUCGGGAGCCCUGGAGAGCAGCAAUCUGAGCAAAGAGACCCCUGAAGAAAGAGUCACCACGGCCCCUCUGAAUCCAGUGCAGUCGGAGGAGGAGUUUAGUGAACCUGAGUCAGAGGGAACAGUCCCCUCUGUGCCUCAAAACCCUGCAGCCGCAUCCACGCUGCUUCCACUUCAGGAGGAGCCGGGUAGCAGGCACGCCUUCCCCUCCAGGAAAAAGCUGCCUUCACUCAAGCAGGUGAACUCCGCCAGGAAGCAGCUGAGGCCAAAGGCCACCUCUGCAGCUGUCCAGAGAGCGGGGUCCCAGCCAGCAUCCCCAGGCCUGGGUCUCCUCUCCUCCGCCACGGAGAAGCCCCGCCCCCCAGGAGAACAGGACCCAGUUGCCUCUGCAGGGGAGGAGACCCGCCCACUGUCACUGUCUUCGGAGGAGCCCCUCUGGCUGGAACGGAAGGAAGGUUCAGUCCCCACGACUCCCGCACCCCUGCAGAUUGCCCCCUUCACCUCGCAGCCGCUGGUGGCCCACACGCUCCCCCAGGGCCCGGAUCCCAGGGAGCCCGCCAUGGCCGAGGAGGCCCCGGAGGCUCCCCACGAGGAUGCCAGCCCCAUGACCCUGAUGGACAAAGGUGAGAACGAGCUGACCGGGUCGGCCUCAGAGGAGAGCCAGGAAACCACAACUUCCACCAUCAUUACCACCACGGUCAUCACCACCGAGCAGGCCCCAGCUCUCUGCAGUGUGAGUUUCUCUGAUCCUGAAGGAUACAUCGACUCCAAUGAUUACCCACCACUGCCCCUCAACAACUUCCUGGAGUGCACAUACAACGUGACAGUCUACACUGGCUAUGGGGUGGAGCUCCAGGUAAAGAGCGUGAACCUUUCCGAGGGAGAACUGCUUUCCAUCCGUGGAGUGGACGGCUCCUCCCUGACCAUCCUGGCCAACCACACGCUCCUGGUAGAGGGGCAGGUAAUCCGAAGCCCCACCAACAGCAUCUCCGUCUACUUCCGGACCUUCCAGGACGACGGCCUUGGGACCUUCCAGCUGCACUACCAGGCCUUCAUGCUGAGUUGCAACUUUCCCCGCCGGCCAGACUAUGGAGAUGUCACAGUGAUGGACCUGCACUCUGGCGGGGUGGCCCACUUCCACUGCCACCUGGGCUAUGAGCUCCAGGGUGCCAAGACGCUGACGUGCAUCAAUGCCUCCAAGCCCCAUUGGAGCAGCCAGGAGCCCAUCUGCUCAGCCCCGUGUGGAGGGGCUGUGCACAACGCCACCAUUGGCCGCGUCCUCUCUCCAAGUCACUCUGGAAAUGCCAGUGGGAGCCAGUUCUGUGUGUGGACGAUUGCCCCAGAGGGCCAGAAGCUGCAUCUGCACUUUGAAAGGCUGUCACUGCACGAGAAGGACAGGAUGAUGGUCUACAGUGGGCUGACCAACAAGUCUGCUCUUCUCUAUGACUCCCUGCAAACCGAGAGCGUCCCCUUCGAGGGCCUGCUGAGUGAUGGCCACACUAUCCGCAUCGAAUUCAUGUCUGACCAGGCGCGGGCAGUCUCAGCCUUUAACAUCCGGUUUGAGGCCUUUGAGAAAGGCCAUUGCUAUGAGCCCUACAUUCAGAAUGGGAACUUCACCACGUCUGACCCUACCUAUAACAUCGGGACCAUCGUGGAGUUCACUUGUGACCCCGGCCACUCUCUGGAGCAGGGCCCAGCCAUCAUCGAGUGCAUCAACAUGCGGGACCCCUACUGGAAUGACACUGAGCCCCUGUGCAGAGCCAUGUGUGGUGGGGAGCUCUCUGCUGUGGCUGGGGUAGUACUGUCCCCAAACUGGCCAGAGCCCUACGUGGAAGGUGAAGAUUGUAUCUGGAAGAUCCACGUAGGGGAGGAGAAACGGAUCUUCUUAGAUAUCCAAUUCUUGAACCUGAGCAACAGUGACAUCCUAACCGUCUACGACGGUGACGAGGUCAUGCCCCACAUCUUGGGACAGUACCUUGGAAACAGCGGCCCCCAGAAGCUGUACUCAUCCACGCCGGACCUCACCAUCCAGUUCCACUCGGACCCUGCUGGCCUCAUCUUUGGGAAGGGCCAAGGUUUCAUCAUAAACUAUAUAGAGGUGUCAAGGAACGACUCCUGCUCAGAUUUGCCUGAGAUCCAGAAUGGCUGGAAAACCACUUCUCAUACGGAGCUUGUGAGGGGAGCCAGAAUCACCUACCAGUGUGACCCCGGCUAUGACAUCGUGGGGAGUGACACUCUCACCUGCCAGUGGGACCUCAGCUGGAGCAGCGACCCCCCAUUUUGUGAGAAAAUUAUGUACUGCACCGACCCCGGCGAAGUGGACCACUCAACCCGCCUGAUUUCUGAUCCCGUGCUGCUGGUGGGCACCACCAUCCAGUACACCUGCAACCCGGGCUUCGUGCUGGAAGGCAGCUCGCUCCUGACCUGCUACAGCCGCGAAACUGGCACACCCAUCUGGACAUCUCGCCUGCCCCACUGCGUUUCGGAGGAGUCCCUGGCAUGUGACAACCCAGGGUUACCUGAAAACGGGUACCAAAUCCUAUACAAGCGGCUCUACCUGCCAGGAGAGUCCCUCACCUUCAUGUGCUAUGAGGGCUUCGAGCUCAUGGGCGAAGUGACCAUCCGCUGCAUCCUGGGACAGCCAUCCCACUGGAACGGGCCACUGCCUGUCUGUAAAGUUAAUCAGGACAGCUUUGAACACGCUUUAGAAGUAGCAGAAGCGGCAGCCGAGACAUCUCUGGAAGGGGGAAACAUGGCGCUGGCCAUCUUCAUCCCGGUCCUCAUCAUCUCCUUACUGCUGGGAGGCGCCUACAUUUACAUCACCAGAUGUCGCUACUACUCCAGCCUCCGCCUGCCCCUGGUCUACUCCCACCCCUACAGCCAGAUCACCGUGGAAACCGAGUUCGACAACCCCAUCUAUGAGACAGGGGAAACCAGAGAAUAUGAGGUUUCCAUCUAGAGAAGGCUGCGCUUGAGAUGGGAACUUUCACAUAUGAACUCAACUACAACCUCCUCGAGAACUUCAUCCAGAGACUACGUGGCAUUUGAUGGAAAACCCCAGCGUGUCAGCUGUCUUUUCUUUGGACACUUUAUUGAUGAUUUACUGUUUUCUUCGCUGUAUUUAUUAUAUUUAAAAUCAAAAAUAGGUGUGGUUAGAUGUACUGCCGCUGCAGCCAAACUCGUGGCACAGCCUCACUCUGAAGGCGGGUGGAGGAUCAGUAAAAUAGCAAACACAGCAGCAGAGGGAAGAGAAAAAACAUAACCAAAGGCUGUUUCUCCCAUCAGCAGUGCCCUGCUACGGCUGCAUCAGAUUGCAUGCAUCUUCGAGAUCCAUGCUCAUGGAGUUCUUUGUCCAAGUCUGAGUCCCAAGAUUAGGUUGGAAUGUAGCAUGGAUACUUAAACACCUCUGCUCCCAAACCAAGCUGUGUCCUCCCUUCUAAUUUUCCAAGCUUCUGGAAGGUCUUGCCCCAUCCCCUCCCCACCCCUCUGCAGUCCCCCUGAAAGCUGCAGGGGUGUUACAGAAACCUUCUCUUUCACCACCCUGGCCUCGCUGGAUGCUGGCAAAUUAAGAAAGUGUUUUCUUUCUAAAAUGAUGACAAGUGACAAAGGCAAAUUUUCAGAGAAGAGAGAUGUGAGAGUUUCAGUGAAGAACCGGAUGAGGGAGAAUGCUGGGUAAGGGAAUCGAGUUAAUAAAAUGUUCUUUUCUGUGACACUCUUUCAGCAAUGAAAGAGCUGGUCAUUUGUGCUCCAGGUGCCGAGUGGAUCACUGUGUUCAGCAAGGCCACCCUUGAGCCAUGAUCGUAGAUCCAUGGGCUUUGGAGGCAUGAGCAUCAUCGCCCAUAUGGUUAAAAGCCUUUGGGUUACAGGGGAUAAAUCCAGGGCUGAGCUCUGUUUCCCUGGAAUGCCAGAGCCCUCAAAAUACGGGAGGCUCAAGUGCACUGUCCCUUUAAAAGGGGGCACCUUCAGAACACACCUGCAAUCACAUAUUUUGGAGGGAAGGUGGGUCCUAAAAGAAGAAACUACUUUUCUAUUCUCUGAAGCUCUGCUUAGAUGUUGGGUGGUGGUAUGAAUGCUUAAUCAUGGAGGUGCCGGGGAACAGGCAUAGGAGGUUUAAAGCCAUGACCAGCACCCACUCACACGACUCAAACUCCAGUGAGAAGAGAAAGCGGGAUUUCUGGCCAAAAAGGAAUUCAUAGCAUCUUGUGACUCUCAAGAGCAUCCUUGUUGGUUUUUUUUUUUUUUUUUUUUUGGCCAUGUCUGUGGCACGCAGAAGUUCCUGGGCCAGGGCCAGGGAUCGAACCCACUCCACAGCAGUGACCCAAGCCACAGUAUUGACAGCUCCGGAUCUAUAAUCGGCUGAGCCGCCAGAGAACUCCAAGCAUCCUUGUAUUUUAUCAGGGUCAUUUAGCCCCAGCCCAGUGGGACUGGUGGGUUGUGUGAUGAUCUGGAAGAUUCAGGUGCGGGGGUGAGGAUGCAGGGAUGGACUAGCAUGUGCGAGGCUGAUUCAUCUCCCUAGUGACAGCCCAGAGGUCGAAGAGGCAAGCUGGCCCAGUGGUUUGGGGGCCCUCUUGGGUGCCUUCCCAUGCUCUCUAGAAUUGUUUUCAAUAGCUGAUUUUCAAACAACAAAAAACCUUUCUGGCUGCCCUACUUUGGGAGAAUGGCUGGGAGUCCACGUCUGGGGAGCUCUCUUAGGAAGCAUCUGGAACAGAAGACAGCAGUGGGCUUUGUACACACGCACACACUCUCCUCCCAGCCAGGAGCAUGGACCUUAAUCUUGUGGGAUCUGAGGCCCAGAUAUUUUCCUUCUGCCAGAAAAGAACCCUGAACACGUGCUCUUUCGAGCACUCACUUGUGAUGCACAGCAAGAGAUCAUAAAAGGCUGCUUUCCAGCUGCCCAAAGCCCACUCCAUUUUUUGAAAGAAAGAAGAAAAAAAAAAAAAAAAAACAGGAGAAAUGUUGCAGACAAUUAGUGAGCAAUGUCAUGUUUGGAGAAAGACCAGCCAUGCAAAUAAUGCAAACUUUUUUUUUUUUAAGGCAGAAUCCAAUCUUUGCUUUUAUUUCUAUUUGAUGCUUAUUCUAACCCUAACCCUGGGUCAUCAGGAAUGAAAAACUCUAUUAAUGAUAAUUUAAUUUUAGAACAUACUACGGUUAUGUGAACACUAAACAUUUGCCUUUCAUAAAGACUGACAAAAUAUUCUAACCCUGUUCCCUAACCUGGCCAGACCCAUAGCCCAGGAAUUCUUAUUGGCUGUUGGAUGGGUAGAAAGGGGUUGAUUUCUUUUUUUUUCAGGAUACCAAUGUCUUAGUUCUGUCUUAGUAGUACAGCACCUGUAACCAUGUUUUCAAAGUUUGUUUUAGCCUAAAGAUGGUUGUGCAAGCUUGACAAUGUACAGUGUGGUUGAAAAGACAGGUUGGUGUCUAUUUUUCUUUUUAAAAUAUCUGAAUGUGUCUUUGUAAUAUGUAAAGGUAAAACACAUAAUAAUGAUAGUGCCAAAAAUUUACCAAGCAUCUCAUUUCAGCUCAUACCCACCUGUUUUUAUAAGAUCAGUGCUAAAACCCACUGGGAUUAAAUAUUUUUGAAGAGGAUACAAUCUUGAGAAACUCGAGAGUGGACUGCGCCUUCCUAUAGGUUACUCUUUGUUUUUAAAACAUUGAGGAAAUACGUUUACAGAGAUUCUGAGCUUCAAAGGAUGCAUGUGAUGAUGUGUAUUACAUGCUAAUUCGUAUAAGCUGUAUCUGCCAGCUACCACCCUGUGCUUUAAAAAUGCACACACUCAACUCUCUAGCUUGGAGCGCAUCCUUCUGCUUUUCAGAGGGGGUCAGGGGUAGAAUUAUUUAUCCAACAUGAGUAUUCUGGCUGCUACUUGAUGGCGGUCUUUACUUAGUUCCAUAAACUUGCUUUAAAAAUGAUCUUUGUGGCCAGCUCCUCGGAGAGCCUAGGGAACUUCAGGCUGAGAGCUUUGCCAACUGCCAAACAACCCAGCAGGAAGCAAAGCGGCUAUGUAAUCGGGAUGGUUACAUAAGCAGAAGGGACUUGGCAAAUAUGUGGGUAGAUUUAGGCUGAACGUGAGGCUUGGGAAAAAAAAAAAAAAAAAAAAAAAAAAGGACCUUUCUUUGGGGUCAGUCCAAAAGGUAUGACUUUCCUGUGCUCUCAAGUGGUCACUGGGUCAUCUGAGGUCAGGUUUCAUGGGCUCGUUCAGAACCCCCAAAGGUAGGAUUUCUCCUGGGAAGUUUUCAUUUCCAUUUUAUGCCCAAACAGAAUAAAAUGCAAAAUAAACUUUCUAAGCUAAAAUUAUGAAAUUAAGUCAUUUUCCACUUUGUAUAUAUUGAUGCUAAUAAAACAAAUGAAAAA